GGAGUGGGAGCCAUGGCGGCUUCUGAGGCGGCGGCGGCGGCGGGGCCCGCGGCUGUGGCCUCGGGCGCCUCGGCUGUCUCGCCGGCCGCCGCCGCCUCGGGCCGGUGGGAGCCUCCCGGACGGCUGAGGGGUAGCCGCCCUCGACCCACGACCGGGAGGCAGCAGCCGCCCACGAGUCCGGCACCUCCGGCCCGGGAGCUGAUCCAGCCGUCGGUGAGCGAGCUGUCCCGGGCGGUGCGGACCAACAUCCUGUGCACCGUGCGCGGCUGCGGCAAGAUCCUGCCCAACAGCCCCGCGCUCAACAUGCACCUGGUCAAGAGCCACCGUCUGCAGGAUGGCAUAGUAAAUCCAACAAUAAGGAAAGAUUUGAAAACAGUACCGAAAUUCUACUGUUGUCCAAUUGAAGGAUGCCCCAGAGGUCCUGACAGGCCAUUUUCUCAAUUUUCUCUCGUAAAACAGCACUUUAUGAAAAUGCAUGCUGAGAAGAAGCAUAAAUGUAGUAAGUGCAGCAAUUCCUAUGGCACUGAGUGGGACUUGAAAAGACACGCAGAGGACUGUGGCAAGACUUUCCAGUGUACAUGUGGCUGUCCCUAUGCCAGUAGAACUGCAUUGCAGUCCCACAUCUACCGAACUGGCCAUGAAAUCCCCGCAGAGCACAGGGAUCCACCUAGUAAGAAAAGGAAAAUGGAAAACUACCUGCACAACCAGAAGUUGUCCAGUAAGACCCUUGAGACAUUGAACAACCAACCAACCCCAAGAACAGACACUCAGGAACUGGAAACCUCAGAAAUCAAGCUAGUUGCUUCUUUUGAAGACUCCUGCAGCUCUAAUGCCAGAAAGCAGACUCUUACAACACCACCAAGAUAUCCUCAGAAGUUGCUUCUACCAAAGCCCAAAGUGGCCUUGGUUAAACUGCCAGUGAUGCAGUUUUCUCCUAUGCCCGUCUUUGUGCCUACAGCUGACCCCUCAGCCCAGCCUGUGGUGUUAGGUGUUGAUCAUCAGGGCUCGGCCCCAGGUGCUGUGCACUUACUUCCCUUGUCAGUAGGAACCCUGUUCCUUGGCCUGGAUUCAGACACUUGCUCUCUGAAGGAGAGCCUCCCUCUUUCAAAAAUUGUAACCCCUGUUGCUGUUGAGCCGAUUAGUACAGGUGUUCAAGUAAACUUGGGUAAAAGUCUGUCUGAUCCUUUACAAGAACUAGGGAAUGCAUGUCAAAAGAACAGCAUUUCUUCAAUCAAUGUCCAGACAGAUCUUUCUUAUGCCUCCCAACACUUUAUACCUUCUUCACAGUGGGCUAGCCCUGAUUCCUCUGUAUCAUCUUGUUCUCAAACUGACUUGACUUUUGGGUCUCAAGUGUCCCUUCCUAUUAGUGUUCAAACACAAACAUUUUUGCCCAAUUCUAAGGUAACUUCAACUAUAGCUGCUCAGACGGAUAUGUUUAUAGAUGCUUGUCUCCAGUCAAGUGGGGUCUCCAGAGAAACUCAAACCAGUGGACUACAAAGUCCAGCUGAUGACCGGGUUCAGAUGGACCAAGCUGUAAUGUGUGGAGACAUUUUUGAGACUGUCCAUUCAUCAUAUGGUGUCUCUACAGACAAUAUCAUAAACAACAGCUUAGUAGCAGAGACUGGAACUCACAGUUUGGUACCUCAGAACGACCCUAAGACUUUAAAUCAAGAUAUUGAGAAAUCUGCAGCGAUUAUAAACUUCAGUGCACAGAAUAAUAUGCUUCCUUCACAGAACAUGACAGAUAAUCAGACCCAAACCAUAGACUUAUUCAGUGAUUUAGAAAACAUCUUGUCAAGUAAUCUGCCUACACAGACAUUAGACAAUCGCAGUCUUUUGUCUGACACAAAUACUGGGUCAGACACCCAGCUCCCAUCUGGUCCUACCCAGAACCCUGCAAUUGAUUUUGAUAUUGAAGAGUUCUUUUCGGCCUCCAAUAUUCAGACUCAAACUGAAGCAAGUGAGCUUGGCGCCAUGACCACAGAGCCAGCCUUGGAAUCACUGGACAUAGAGACCCAAACUGACUUCUUACUUGCCGACACUUCUGCCCCAUCCUACAGCUGUAGGGGAAAUUCUAACUUCUUAGGCCUUGAGAUGUUUGACACACAGACACAGACAGACUUGAACUUCUUUUUAGACAGUAGUCCUCAUCUGCCUCUGGGGAGUAUUUUGAAACACUCCAGCUUCUCCAUGAGUACUGAUUCUUCUGAUACAGAGACCCAAACAGAAGGAGUCUCCGCUGCUAAAAAUGUACCUGCUCUCGAAAGCAAAGUUCAGUUGAACAGUACUGAAACACAGACCAUGAGUUCUGGCUUUGAAACGCUGGGGAGCUUGUUCUUCACCAGCAAUGAAACCCAAACAGCAAUGGAUGACUUUCUUCUAGCUGAUUUGGCCUGGAACACGAUGGAAUCUCAGUUUAGCUCAGUAGAAACCCAGACAUGUGCAGAACUGCACACGGUUUCCAACUUCUAACAGUGGAGUUUACAGAUUGCUUCUAGAGCAGUGUUCACUCUUGAAUGUAGUUGAUGAUACAGUUGCUUCAAUUCAUUGCUGUUCAUUGCCUUUUGUACUUGUAAACAUGAAAUCUGUGUAUAAAUGUGAGUGUAUUAUAAAGUGUAAGAUACUGAUAUAAAAAUAAUUGUUUUUGUGUUGCCUACAUUUGUCCUUUCACAGCCAGUUGUCCUAUAUUUGAAAAAAAGAAAAAUUUCACAUCUUUAAAGCCCAUCUAGCCGUUUAGAUGAAGCCAAGCUUACUGGGUAAAGGAAUACAAACUUUUCAAUUCUUUUAAAAAAUUGUAGUCUGUUCUGCACUUAAGUUGCAACUGAAGUAUUUUUGACAGUACUUAUUAGAAGUUCCUGCUUCCUGAUAGUAACAUCUAAUGCCAUCUGAUGUGACCCUUGCUGAUUAUAACACCAGAGCUCAGAGGGGCUGGAACUCGGUCAGCCUGCACCUUCAUCUGCUAUGACAUCUCUUUUCUGAUUUGAAGACACGAAAGAAUUAACUACAGCUGUCUUUAGCUUUUGAAACAAUUUCCCAGCAGUCCGUGCCAUCCCUUCACUAUAUAACGAUGACUGUUAUCAUUGUAUGUGUAUAGUACUUGCCUCACAAGAGAUGUGUUGGCUGUGAAAUCAUUGCUAACAGACAGCAGUGUACACUUAGUGUAAAUAGUGACCCUUCUCACCUACACAGUAAAUCACCCCACCGUGAAGAGGCAGAAUUGUGGAAUAGUGCCUGUUCGUACUGGAACACGCCCAGCAGCCAGCUCUCCUGCUCUGCAGUAGACCAAGUUACUCUGGGACUGCUGUUAAGAGCACUCAGAGGCUGGAUCUCAGCUUUGUCACUUUUUUAUAUAGCUGAGAAAGAAAAGGGCAGCCCCCCUAAAUUUCUAUACUUCACACUGUAAUAGCUUGCUAGGGUAAGUGUGCAAUCUACAGUUAUUUAAAGUGACUGUUUUUCAUCCACUUCUCAUCUUUUCUGUGAAGAAAAUGUUGGUCUAGCAAGGAUAUUAUUUGUGCCUUGAGGAUAGCAAUUACAGAUUUGCCUAAAUUAUGGUAUUUUGUUACUUUGUUUGGAGAGAGUAAUGCCAGUCAUCUUCAAAGAAGACAAGGUAAAGACAUAUUCACUCAUCAAGAACCGCUAGGUUUAACGAUGGGAGCAGGGUCAGGUUUUCUUUGAGGUGGGGGGGGCGCAGUCUGUGUUUGGAAGAUCUUGAAUUUUUGAUUGUUGGCCAACUUUCAGGCAAAUAAGAAUCAGUGUGGCCUAUAUGUUUUCUAAGUUUACAAAAUAUGUUCUGACAUACAUGUGUGCUGCUGAAGGCUAAAUCCUCAAAAUAAAAGCUAAUAAGAGAACUAAUAAUUCAUCAGAGUGAAUUGCUGGUGUUGCUACUAAUUCUUAUCCCCAUAGGAUUGUUGGUAAUGGAUAAAAAACAUCCUGGGCAAGUAAACUUUGGUCACAGUUUGCUUUGGUCACAGUUGCCUAUUAUUAUGGGUUUUAAAACAUAAAGCCUUAACUUAGAAUUUCAUUGUUGUAGAAUCAUCACUGCCUUAAUGUUCAAACAUCUAAGUCCCCUGAUAAAGGAGCAAUGCAUGUUUGUUUAUUGUUUUUUGUAGACAUAACUGCAGUGAUCUAUGGCUUAAACAAACAAAAAAAAAUGUUUCUGUGACAGUGUUAAUCAGACCUUAAGUUAACAGAAAAAUGGAGCAUGUAAUAGUUCAUGUACAAGUUAAGAAGUGUUUCCCACCUAAACCUUGGCUUCCUUUGAAUUGUUCUAAGAUUAUUUGUAAAAACAAAUUCAGUAAUUAAAGAGAAGUGAGAAUUCUACCUUUUUUGCAGACUUUUCAACUUUAAUAGUGUGACUUUGUUACCUUAUCUUUUACAAGCUCACACAAUGAAGUGAUUGUGCUAUUUUCAUUAUGGCUUUUCCUUUGUUCAUGAAAAUAUGCUCACAGUUUGCACCAUAUAAAAUGAAGACACCCAUUAUCAAAGUUGCUAUGUAGAAGUAAGUUUUUAAUCUUGAUUAAAAAAAAAAAACUUAGUAUCUUAAGUUUUGGAAAAUUUAUUCAAAGGAAAUUACUCCAUUAUUCCAAUGGAAUGUGAUGAUUUUUGUAAUGGGGGUGCCUUUUAUUCUUUGUAUUCGAUUGACUCUGGCUCUGGGGCAGCUAUUAGAGGGCUAGAAAAUGAAUAGUACUUUACUCAGUCUCUGAUUUUCAAGAAAGCCAAAACAAUGUGUGCUUCUGAUCCCCCUGAAAUAGAGGGAAAAUAAAUUUUUAUGGACUUCCCUAAAAGGUGCUGAGUAAGUUUUGAAACUAAUUAUAACCAGGAGGAAAUAUAUUAAUGUCAGCCUAUUGAUAUUUGGGAAGAUGAAUUGUUUUAUUAAUAGGCAAAUGACAGUGAUCUUUUCGUGUAAUCCUUUUAUGCCCUCAAUUUUAGAAUGACUUAAUUCUAGUUAAAGCCUGCUCAUCAAAUACUGAUUCCAAGGAGUAUUUUCUAACUGGCAUAGCCUCUAAUACAACCUACAGAGUCAUGAGCAAUAUCAGAAUCAGUGGUAUUUAUCCCAGAUUAAAUGUUGGCUUUCUAGUUUCCUUCAAAGUACAUACAGAUUAAAACAUAUGAAACUCUUUUAACAAUUCUCUCAUACUUAGAGGCUCAGUGGAUAGUCAUAAGCCUGCUGUCUUGCCACAAAUAAGACUACUCUGUAGUAUGUCUUCAAGUUCAUGCCUGCUUUCAGGUUUAAAAAAGGAGAGAAAUUGUUUCAUUCAAAGGGAAGAAAGAUUUGUGGUUUGAGCUAAAUGGGAGAAAAAAGCCAUUUUCAUAAAUACAUGUGGCGAUCAGUUUGCCAGCAGUCACUAAGGAGUGUCAUGCACAGCACUGCCUGCCUCUUAGCCAUGCUGUUUUGGCUCAGGCAGUGAAUAUGAAGAAAGUAUUGCUGAAAGUGGAGAAUUCUGAAUAACGGCAUUAAAUGUAAGUACAUUAACGUAGCAUCUUAGAAUAGUCUUAUAACCUUGUCAAAACAAUGAUGCUUGUUCACAUAAAAGAGAAGAGAAAGCCAACAGCUCUAAUUAGUACCGGCUAAUGGACCAGAAGAGAGAUUGUCUCCAAGAAAAACACACUUAUUAUGAUCACUCCUGAAAUGGGCCUAGGCAGGCACCACCAGAAGAUUCUGCUCCUGAAGGGCCAGGGAGAAAUGGGGACUCCUUUGGGCCUUUAGGCCUGGAGCACCUCACUUCACGUAAGGCAAGCAUGCCAUCUCCUACAUUACCCCUAUGAGGGUUCUGCCUCUUAAAAAAAAGUAAAGCUCUCAGAGAAGCUGCUGCAAAGGCAUUGGAUUCUAGAAUUAUUGACUCCCAACACAAAUGGAUCGGUUUUGCCCUUGGCAAAGUCUGAAAACAUUAGUUGUCACAACUAAAGGCAUCCAUUAUUGGCAUCUGUUAUUAAUGGAUCAAGUCCAUAGAUACCGCUAAAUACCCUAUGCUGCACAAAAGAGCCCCCACCACAAAGAAGGAUCCAGUCCCAAAUGCCAGCAGUGUAAACAGGGCAAAGCUCUGCUUAGAGGUAAUCCAGUUGGAUUGUGGAGUCUCAGCUUAACCACAGGUACAGUAUGGAGUUUGGUGGCUUUAAGCUUUAUCUUCUUGGCUCUCCCAAGAAUAGGCACAAUGGGUUAAAGCACCACAUUAUGAAGCUCUGAGAAGCCACUGCAGCACUAGUU